AUAUGAAACAUGAUAAAUUUAAGAAAAAUGCAGUCCAAAAAGCACAAAACAACACGGUGAAUUAUUGAGAAGUCUGUCUGCAAAUGCAGAACAACAGUAGAAUGUUGAAAGCACCAUUCAGAAAAAGACAGCCAAAUAAACCUUUAAUUUAUAGUCACUCAUCGCGGGUCUUAUUAUCUUCAUCUACGUCCUCCUUCCUUAUAUGAUCAUGACAUAACUUUGGUUUUGUAAACUUGCUUAGCCUACUAAUUAAGAAAAAAAACUGUUAGCUAAACAUAAAGAAGAACACGAAACUCUCCGUGUCUUCACUCUCUCUCUCACUGUGUUUUUUUACAAUCAAGCUCUAAUGACGAAUCAGGUAAAAGAGAGGAAUUUAGAGCAGACCUCUACGUGGGCAGUCGCUGUGGUUUGCUUCGUUUUACUACUCAUUUCAAUUGUCCUUGAACAUUCCAUUCACAAAAUUGGAACCUGGUUCAAAAAGAAGCACAAGAAGGCUCUUUAUGAAGCUCUUGAAAAGAUCAAAGCAGAGCUUAUGCUUAUGGGAUUCAUAUCACUACUCCUAACAAUCGGACAAACACCAAUCUCAAAUAUCUGCGUCUCCCAAAGCCUCGCAUCAUCAAUGCACCCUUGCAGCGCCGCUGAUGAAGCUAGAAAAUACGGCAACAAAGAUACCGCUAAACCAAAAGACGAUGAUGAAGACAAAUCCGGUCAUAGAAGACUUCUCCUUGAGUUAGCCGAGUCUUACAUUCAUAGACGAAGUUUAGCCACCAAAGGUUAUGACAAAUGCGCUGAGAAGGGGAAAGUGGCUUUUGUAUCUGCUUAUGGUAUCCACCAGCUUCAUAUAUUCAUCUUCAUCCUCGCCGUGGUUCAUGUUAUCUACUGCAUUGUUACUUAUGCUCUCGGAAAGACCAAGACGAGGAGGUGGAAGCACUGGGAAAAUGAGACCAAGACAAUAGAAUAUCACUAUUCCAACGAUCCUGAGAGGUUUAGGUUUGCCAGAGACACAUCUUUCGGGAGAAGACAUCUCAAUUUCUGGAGCAAGACGAGUGUAACGCUAUGGACUGUGUGUUUUUUCAGACAGUUCUUUGGAUCCGUCACCAAAGUUGAUUACAUGGCUUUGCGGCAUGGUUUCAUCAUGGCACAUUUGGCUCCAGGGAGUGAAAAGACAUUCGAUUUCCGCAAGUAUAUUCAGAAAACAGUAGAAGAAGACUUCAAAACUGUAGUCGAAAUCAGUCCUAUUAUCUGGUUUAUCGCUGUGCUAUUCCUCUUGACCAACACAAACGGAUUGCAUUCUUACCUCUGGUUACCAUUCAUUCCACUAGCCGUGAUUCUAAUAGUUGGAACAAAGCUUCAAGUCACUAUAACCAAAUUGUGUCUAAGAAUCCAAGAGAAAGGUGAUGUGGUGAGAGGUGCCCCUGUGGUUCAACCUGGUGAUGAUCUCUUCUGGUUUGGCCGCCCUCGGUUCAUCCUUUUCCUUAUCCACUUGGUUCUUUUCACGGUACGGUUCAAUAUCCUUCAACUCCUCGGUUUAUACUCCCAACGGCAUGAUAUAACAAACUUGCCUUCACUUUUGCAGAAUGCAUUUCAGCUUGCCUUCUUUGUGUGGAGUACGUAUGAAUUCACCCUCAAGAAUUGUUUCUAUGAAAGCAAUGCAGAUGUGGUCAUUAGAAUUGUAGUUGGAGUUGUUGUACAGAUACUUUGCAGCUAUGUGACUCUUCCACUCUAUGCUCUUGUCACUCAGAUGGGUUCUACGAUGAGGCCAACGGUGUUCAACGAAAGAGUAGCCACAGCGAUAAAGACAUGGCAUCACACAGCAAAGAAGCACACAAAACACGGGAAACACACUGAAUCAAACACACCUUACACUAGCCGUCCAACUACACCAACUCACACCUCAUCUCCGAUUCAUAUUCUUAAUAACCGAAGCGUUGAGACUUUCCCGAGCUCUCCUUCUCCUAGAUACUCUGAUCGUCAUGACCACCAUCAGUUUUGGGAUCCUGAGUCUCAACAACACCAAGAAGCUGGACCUUCCACACAUCAUUCUCUUGCGCACGAAAGCUCAGAAAAGGAACCUGUUCUUGCUUCCGUUGAACUUCCUCAUAUACGGACUACCAAAAGCUCAAGAGAUUUUUCCUUUAAGAGGUAGAUGAUUCUUGAUUUACAUAUGUUAUACAUUAUUACAUGUAUUGUACGAGACCUGCACCAUCUAUAAAGAUAGAUGAUUACAUUCA